CUCAACGUUAAAUAUGUGCGUAGUUUUGUUCACAAGUUAAUCAAAGAGAUUUGUGUUUUCCCUGUGUUAUUUGCCCAAAUUGUCAAUGACUAUUGUUUGGUGGUUUUAGGAAGUGUAGCUCCGCCCCCCCGUGUUUGUCGUAAACCUGGCUCCUGGCUCCAAUAAACCCGGGCUAAGAGCGCCCUGGGCUCGCCUCCUUCUCCAAGGCGAUCAAUAGGAUCUCAGGCACACUACAAGCACUCUCUUACGUAGACAUCGACCAAGGAGAGAGCCGAUACAACAACACGGUUGAUCUGCUCAAACACAAAAAUCUACCUGCUUUCUGAAUCAUGUCGUUGAGCCCAAAGCAUACAACGCCUUUUUCAGUGACAGACAUUUUGAGUCCAAUCGAGGAGACAUACAAGAAGUUUAGUGGCAUGGAUGGCGCAGGGAAUCUAACCUCUCCACUUGGAGCCUACCGACAGCCUCAGGUGUCUCAGACCGGAAUGCAACAGCACUCCAUGGGCCACAACGCCAGCGUGGCCACCACUUAUCACAUGCCGCACGGCGUGUCUCAGUUCUCCCACACCGCGAUGGGGGGAUACUGCAAUGGGAGCAUUGGCAACAUGGGAGAUCUUCCAUCGUACCAGGAAAGCAUGCGGAGUAGUGCCGCCGCCACGGGAUGGUACAGCGCCAAUCCUGAUCCCAGAUACUCCACAAUUUCUAGAUUCAUGGGACCUUCCACAGGUAUGAACAUGACUGGCAUGGGGAGUCUCACAGGAAUGGCAGACGCCAGCAAAGCCAUGCCAGCUCUUCACGCUGCGCCCAGGAGGAAACGACGCGUCCUGUUCUCGCAGGCUCAGGUCUACGAGCUGGAGAGGAGGUUUAAGCAACAGAAAUACCUGUCGGCACCAGAAAGGGAGCACCUGGCCAGCAUGAUUCAUCUGACGCCGACCCAGGUGAAAAUUUGGUUUCAGAACCAUCGGUACAAGAUGAAGCGCCAGGCCAAGGACAAGGCGGCGCAGCAGCUGCAGCAGCAGCAGCAGCAGCAGCAGGACGGUAACCUGUGUCAACAGCAGGCGCAGUCCCCGCGGCGGGUAGCCGUUCCUGUUCUGGUGAAGGACGGUAAACCGUGCCAAAACGGCUCCAACACUCCGACGCCAAAUCAGCAACAGGUACAACAGAACCAACAACAGAACCAACAACAGAACGGAGCCGGAGUGGUGCUCGGGUCCUCGGCCAGCAGCCUCAGCCAGCAUCAAAAUCAGCAGCAGGUGAACGCUUUAGAGCUGGAGGAGAUGUCGCCAAGUCCCCCCUCACUGCACAGCCAGCUCAGCAUGGCCCAGAUAGACACAUCAUCUGUAGAUUACACCAGUAACAUGGUCAGCUCAAACCUUCUCUACGGCAGAACGUGGUAGGACCUCAAACAGUACUGACACUUUUCACCUUUCUCUUUAAAUGAAAAGGCCAUAUAUAUAUCUAUAUAUAUAUAGAUAUAUAUAUAGAUAUAUAUAUUAGGGCUGAGAAAAUGUGUUUAAUAGGACAAUGCGCACAGAGGCGCGCGGCAGCUGGUCAUCAGGGCACAUUUUCUUGACAUCUCUGACAAGAGAGUCUAUUUUUGAACAUUACAUUACAGGACUGGUCGCCCUUGAAAGCGAUUAAGUCGUUUCUGGACCUUUUUUGUAAUCUGUGCUUCGGCCCCUCCUUCAUGAUGUUUUAAACUGUUAUUGAAACAAAAAGGAGUGCUGCUUCAUUUACUCGGACUGAAGAAUGAGCUCUAAAGCACAUCUACUCCUUUUUUGCGGUGAUAACUUGGCAUGUUAUCAUAUUAAUAUUGUAAACUAAUGUAUUCAUUUAGACUUAUUGGAUAAGUAGAGGGACUUGUAUAUUUGGAUAACACACAAGAAUGGGUUUAACUGUACAAUAAUGGUUUUUGCGUCCAAUUUUACUUUUUUUAAAUUUUGUUUGUAAGUUAAACAAAACAAUGAAAUAAAUGAGUGAUGGCUGCUGUAUAUGUUUCAAAACCAAGUGAACGUUACAAAUAAAUAACUUGAAGUGUGA